AUGAGUCUUGUUGAUCGUAAAUUUUUCGUUACUGAGAAACCAUACGAAGAUAGUUCACAGCCAACAGCUUACGGAGUCAAAAUCUUGGCGCCUCAUGUGGAUGCACUUGUUCUGGGAGCCUUAGAAAGCCGUCUUCAACAUAGUGGACACGUUUCUUGUAUUUUAUGCCACGGUGGGUACUUACCAUCAGUUAUGGCACUCUACGUAACAAAUACAGGUAUCAUCGUAGGAAUUGAAAAGGAUGGCCGAGUAACCAAUUUGAAUUAUAAUAAUAUUGAAAAAUGGAUUAAAUCGAGUGAAAUAGCACAAAAAUACCGCCUUUUUAGACACUUACCGUUUAAAUUCUAUACUCGUAGCAAUCCAGGUGACGAGGUGCUCUCUAUAGAGUUUAGUGCCACUUUUUAUAAUGGGGAUGAUAAAAACACCAUCGUGAAAUUAAAGCAACGUUUGAAAAGAGGUGGUCGCCUUGUUUAUCUAAAAAGCAUUGGAAAAGAAGGUCAAACCUUAAUGGUAAUAGAUCGUCGAUCCAAUGGCUCUUUCUAUGAAAGAUUAUUAGCUCGUGUUCGAUUGGAUGGAAAAAUGGAAGAGUCGCUGGAGGAAAUGGAAGAAACACUGACACCUCAACCUGUUCCACCUCCAUUUGCCGAUUUCGACGAUAUACUUAUUUCUCUGCAUUGCUGUCAUGCAUCUCAUGCAUCCAACUAUUCUAAUGUGAUCAAUGAACACAAAUUGGACAUUGAGUCACAGACGUAUACACUUCGUGUGAUAAUCAUUGGACAUCUACCCAACUGUGAAUGA